CGCGGUAACCAAAGAGAUCGCGAUCGGGAGAGAUCGCAGGCUCGGAAGGCUCCGACCAAAUUGAAGGAGGACGGGCUUACACCGGAGCAGCGCCGUGAGAGGGAUAAGAAGGCCCUGGAAGAGAAGAUAUCGAAGAAGGCGGGGCAGGGAACCAGCGGCGAAGGUAGCAAUGCCGCGAAUAAUAGCAAAGGCUCUGUCAAGAAAUAGGUGCUCGCAUUCUCCGUUUAGAAUAAUUUAUGAAAGAAAUCUUUUGAUUGUGUGCUGGUGUUAUAUCUGAACUGUUGUGGGGUGCCUUGGUCUUCCUGCUUGUAAGCUGUUCAUUUGUUUCCCAGAUCUUGAACUUAUUGAACGACAGGUGAAACUGUUUCUUUCAACCUAAUUUAUCCCCUGCGCUUUGACUUAAUUAUGCCUUCAUGCUGUGUUUACAUUUUUUUUA